GGCGCGCGGCUCAGUCGCGCCGAGGAAGCGAAGCGGGUGCCACGAGGGGACGCAGCGCAGCAGACGCAGCCGGAGCCGGGGAGGGUGGGCUGGGGGGCGCUGCCGGGGGCGCUGCGCGGGCUGCACGCCAUGGCCCAGCCCGGGCACCGCCAGGCGCCGCCGACGCCACCAGAAGCGGCGCCCCCUCCCGUCCAGCGGCAGCCCAGGGCGGACCGCAGCCAGUUGUGAAUGCUGCUGCUUCUCCUCCUCUUUAACCCCUCCUCGGCAAGGAAUGCUGCGGCUGCGGAUGGUCCAGAACGCUUCCCCAGCAAGGAGCGAGGAGCCAGCGACGACUGGGCUAAAAUAACCAGACUGGGAAAGGGAGAGUGACGGGUGGCAGCGGCGGCGGCGGCUGUACAACGCAGGGACCUGCAUGAUCUCCACGCAGUGCUGUGCCUUGUUGAGAAGUAGAGCUAUAUAAGUCCGCGUGUCGUGUCCCGAUUUCUGUCUGUGCUGCAUGUCGUCGUCUUUGGAAGAAUUAAGAGGCAGCCACCGGCAUCUCGGCCUGGAAAGAGAGAAAGAGGGAGCCUGUGCGCACCAGGAAAGCAAUCGCACGUCAAGAUCCAUCCGCAAACAUCUGUCUUAUUUCUGCAAUAACAACACCAUCGUAAAGUAGACUUCAGGAGGGGGUGGGAAGAAGAAGAAGAAGAAGAAAAGACUCCUAAGGAGGGUUUUCUUCCUGUAGUUUUUCCGCCCCUGUAUAUGCACACAUUUCCCCCUUCCUCUUAGCACUGCACACACACGAGUGCAUUCACACACGCACGCAAACACGCCAACCAUGAUGUUUCGAGACCAGGUCGGAGUGUUGGCAGGCUGGUUCAAGGGCUGGAACGAGUGCGAGCAAACUGUUGCAUUGCUCUCCUUGCUGAAGAGGGUGAGCCGGAGCCAAGCUCGCUUCCUGCAGCUCUGCCUGGAGCAUUCCCUGGCGGACUGCACCGAACUCCACAUCCUUGAGAACGAGGCCAACAAUCCUGGAAUCAUUAACCAGUGGCAGCAGGAAUCGAAGGACAAGGUGAUUUCCCUCUUGCUGACCCACCUGCCUCUGCUGAAGCCGGGGAACGUUGAGGCGAAAGUGGCGUACAUGAAGCUCCUCCCCAAAAUCCUGGCUCACUCCAUCGAGCACAACCAGCACAUAGAGGAGAGCAGGCAGCUCCUGUCUUACGCCUUGAUCCACCCCGCCACGUCCCUGGAGGACAGGAGCGCCCUGGCAAUGUGGCUGAACCACCUAGAGGACCGCACAUCACUGGGCACCUAUGGGAGCCAGAGCAGGGGCCGGUCCGACUCGGUCGAUUACGGACCGUCGCACUACUAUCACCAAAGACAGAACUCUGACGAUAAGCUCAACGGGUGGCAGAGCUCGCGGGACUCCGGCAUCUGCGUCAACGCCUCCAGCUGGCAGGAUAAGAACCUGGGCUGCGAGAACGGCCACCUUCCUCUCUAUUCCUCCUCUUCCGUCCCCGCGACCAUCAACACUAUCGGAACGGGCACGGGCACAAUUCUCUCGAGCCAGACCCACCACAGCCCUUUGAAACGGUCUGUGUCCCUUACCCCGCCCAUGACCGUCCCCAACCAGCCCCUAGGACACGGCUGGCUGUCACACGAGGACUUGCGAGCUAGAGGACCCCAAGGCAUCCCUUCCGAUCACGCCCCCCUGUCUCCUCAAAGCAGUGUAGCCUCUUCGGGAAGUGGUGGGAGCGAACACUUAGAAGAUCAGAAUUCUGCUCGUAACACAUUCCAGGAAGAAGGGAGUGGGAUGAAAGAUGUCCCUGCCUGGCUAAAGAGUCUUCGCCUCCACAAGUACGCUGCCCUUUUCUCCCAGAUGACGUACGACGACAUGAUGUCACUGACGGAGUGUCAGCUGGAGGCGCAAAACGUUACCAAAGGUGCAAGGCACAAAAUUGUGAUCAGCAUCCAAAAGCUAAAAGAGAGGCAGAACCUUCUCAAGUCCCUGGAAAGGGACAUCCUCGAAGGGGGAAACCUGCGUGUGCCCCUGCAGGAGCUUCACCAAAUGAUCCUCACCCCAAUCAAAGCUUACUCUUCUCGGAACCUGACGGCGGACAACCGCAGCCGGGAUCCUGAGCCCCACCGCACGGCUUCCCUGAUUGGCUCCGACGGCCAGGGGCCGGACUGCAAGGACUCUGCCGUGGGGGGCAUGCCCCACCACCACCUGCCAGGCUGCGAGGGGGAAUCCGGAGGGGCUCCUUUGCCCGAAGGGGACAUCCCAGGGCAGUUUACUAAGGUGAUGGGCAAAGUGUGCACCCAGCUCCUUGUCUCCAGGCCGGAUGAGGAGAAUAUCAGCUCCUAUCUCCAGCUGAUCGACAAAUGCCUAAUUCACGAGGCGUUUACAGAGACGCAGAAGAAAAGGUUGUUGUCAUGGAAACAGCAGGUGCAAAAACUCUUCAGGGCUUUCCCUCGGAAAUCCAUCCUCGAUCUCUCGGGGUACCGGCAGCAGAGAACCCGAGGUUUCGGCCAGUCGAACUCCCUGCCAACAGCUGGAUCUGUAGGGGCAGGAAUGGGUCGCCGGAACCCGCGCCAGUUCCAGAUCCCCUCCCGGAACCUGCCUACCACGCGGCUGGGCCUCUUGGGCUCCAGCGGCCUCCUGGGAGCCAGCCAGCGCAGCACGGCCGCCAACCCCACCAUCCUGAAGCAAGGGAGACAGAACCUUUGGUUUGCAAACCCUGGAGGGAGCAACAGCAUGCCCAGCCGGACUCACAGCUCUGUGCAAAGGACGCGCUCGCUGCCGGUCCACACCUCUCCGCAGACCAUGCUUAUGUUUCAGCAGCCAGAAUUUCAGGUACCAGUGACAGAACCUGACAUCAAUAACAGGCUGGAGUCGUUGUGCCUCAGUAUGACAGAACAUGCACUUGGAGAUGGUGUCGACAGAACCUCGACGAUCUAGAAGACGGAGGUGUCUGCAGUGAGAACGCUGGCCGUCGGCAAAUUGGGCUGCUGGACCAGCGGCAAAGUUGGCAGCGAGUCCCCAGGCGUGUCAAGGAUCCCUGGAGAUAAUUUGCAACCUUUCCGUUGCCGUUUUCUUCUCUCUCUGUCUCUCUGUCUGUCUGUCUCUUGUCUCCUCCUCUCUCCAUCUCUGUUUACAUUUUGUAAAAGGGUCGCUUGUAUUGCUGUUACGCAUCGUAAAGAAACAGGACUGGGAUCGGCCAGGUUUAUUAUUAUGCACAAAACAGAGAAAUAACCUUGGGUGGGGAGCGAAAGAUGUCGGAGGGCUUCCUCAGAGGGGCAGGCCUCCCCAACUGUGGCUGAGGGCAAGCAUCUUAGCGGCCGAACAAUACGCAUGGAGCAUCCGUUGGGAACGGGCAGCGGGGGGUGGCAGGUGGAACCGCUCCUCGCGAAGAAAGAGACUUUCUGAAAUGACGUCACCGAAGCACGAAGACGACGACGCAGAGAGCGACGCGUCGGCCAUCUGUAAAUAGGAGCUGUGUUUCACUGACAUUCGCCGUUUUGAGCUGCAGUCGUUGUCGGGGUGGGGCGGCGGUGGAAAGGAAAUUAACAAGGCCAAACUAAUUUCCCCUCCACUGGCAUCCAAAAGAGCAGCUUUUGGGUUCUGCGCAUUGUUUACACGAAGGCGGGCAGGAGAGAGCGUGGCAGGUGUGCAGAGCGCCCCCCCCCCCAAGCCUCUUCCUCCUCUUCUCGCAGUGUUAAAUUGAUAAGCUGACGGGGUGGGCCAGUCCCAAUCCCUUGGCCUGCCACUUGGGGGGGCACCUCUCACGCGGCCCAGGCUCCUGCUGCUCUGUGCCCUUGCCAGCACCCCACUCUCGCCUGCCACGUUCUCUCCAGGGUCAAGGGUGCUACCACCAGGCAGAGCAGGGAAACGGCAGGCACAGCGAGAGAGGGGAGCGGAACAAGGCCCUUUGGUCUUGCCAGAAGAAUUUUGCCACCGCACCGCAAGGACUCGUCUCGCUGUCGUAAAGGAUCUUUUGCAUGGCGUUUGUGUGUUUGUGUGUGUGUGUGUGUGUGUGUCUUCUAGCAGCAGGUUUGCCUUUGAAAAUAACUGCCAAGCUAUUGCUUCUAUGGAGGGGCCACGGGAGGCACUUGUGUGGCUUUUUUCUUGGUUUUCCGAGCUGGGGGCGGAGCAGGGCGCCGAAGGAAGGAAUGAGAUUUGUCUCAGGGCAGGCAGGAGGAGCUGCGUCUCAAGGUGCUGCCGCAGAGAAGCCUCCACUCCUUAGAUUGUGUCUGUGUGCAUAUAUUUGUAUGUAUGAGAGAGAGAGAGAAAAUAGAAAAGAUGUUGCAUAUGGACUCAUGAGCUCACAUCCUAGGAGGAAGAGAACAUCUCAGAGAUGCUUGUCUGGGAAAACAGGAGAACCAUGUCCACUCAGAGACUCAUCUUGCUUUUGGCUUGGUACCUGAAGUGUAGGGUGGCAAUGGGCCCGUGUGUCCCCUGGAAGCGCUCGGCACAUAGAGCAACACAGGCAUGACCAUCUUGUGUCAGACUGAAAGCUGCUGGUGGGUGCCAUGAGAGCAGGAAGUCCAUUUGGACCACCCUAUUUCUAGGGCCCAAGCCGUUUUGCUUGGCAUUGCUUGCCACUCAAGUGGACAGGUCCAGUUGAGAACCAGAAGUGUUGGUGUGGGGAAGGGUCAGGUCACCUAAACCAGGCAUCCCCAACCUGCGGCCCUCCAGAUGUUUUGGCCUACAACUCCCAUGAUCCCUAGCUAACAGGACCCAGUGGUCAGGGAUGAUGGGAAUUGUAGUCCAAAACAUCUGGAGGGCCGAAGGCUGGGGAUACCAUUCAUGAGAUCGAUAGCACAUCGGAUUUCUCCCCAAGGAAGCCAUAUAACAAGCUUCGAGACCUACCGAGACCUGGGUCAAAUCCAUUGCAGCAUUAGCAACCAGUGCCCACUGGGAAUGACAGGGCGGACAUCGUGGAGCCCAACAGCAGGUGGCGCUAGAGCCAGUGAGAGAUGGAGAUGUCCCCAUCUACUCCCUGCAGAGUUCUCCACGGGCAACACUGAGGCUAAGGGGGGAAGUUGGCAGCCAAUGCCACCCCCUGGAUAGGUUGUAUACAAGAAGGCAGGGAGGUGGCGGCUGACUGAGGCUGGCAAGGCGGUGCCCCCUCCGCACCAAAUGGACUAGCCUCCAUUGGUAGCAGGGAACAGUUGGUGUAGCCCUUUGCCUACCUGCUGCCACCCAGAUGUUUUGGCUGGCAGCUCUGGUCAGCCCCAGCCAGCACUGCCUUGCUGGUAGGAGUUGGGGGCCCCAAAGCAUCUGGGGAACCCCAGAUUGUCAAAAGGUGGCAUAGACAGCCUCCCACAUGGCGUCGGAGUUCCUACCUGGCCAAGGAAACAGCUGCUCUGCUGCAGCUCCCAUGCCCAUGACAUAACUUUAGAACUUUAGAACAGGCAUCCCCAAACUCGGCCCUCCAGAUGUUUUGGGACUACAAUUCCCAUCAUCCCUGCUGCUCCAGAAAAGCGGACACGGAGCAAUGGAUUCAAACUUCAAGAAAGAAGAUUCCACCUAAACACUAGGAAGAACUUCCUGACAGUAAGAGCUGUUCGGCAGUGGAAUUUGCUGCCAAGGAGUGUGGUGGAGUCUCCUUCUUUGGAGGUCUUUAAGCAGAGGCUUGACAGGCAUAUGUCAAGAAUGCUUUGAUGGUGUUUCCUGCUUGGCAGGGGGUUGGACUGGAUGGCCCUGGUGGUCUCUUCCAACUCUAUGAUUCUAUGAUUCUAUGACCACUGGUCCUGUUAGCUAGGGAUGGUGGGAGUUGUAGUCCCAAAACAUCUGGAGGGCCGAGUUUGGGGAUGCCUGCUUUGGAAGGUAGCCCUGACUUCCAAGUAAGCCUACUUCCAAUCUGGGUACCCUUGGAAGACCCUUUGAAAUACCAGCAGGGCCUGAUGUCCACACCGAUGUGUUUGGGGGCCGGUGUGCUGUUCAUUCAGCCAGCGAGCCAACGCUUUCUUUUCCUGGCCUGUGAGGUAAUCGGAGGAGAGGGUGCCGAGGCGUCUUCUCAGGAGGGUAAGAACGUGCCUCUCCUGUGCCGAAGAUCUGCGCAGGAGGGAAGGGUAAACAGAAUGGCUGGAGGCAGCAGGCUCCCCGUCUAAAUAGGGCGUCUGUUCCCCAGCGUGUUUGUGCUGGAAGGCAGACACUGACGCCUUUCUCCGGGCCUGGCGAACGGGGGUCUGUGCGCAAGGCCAGGAAGGGAAGGAAGCAGGGCAAGGCCUGGCUCCCCUCAUGAGCGCAGGCAGGCGAGGUCAGGGCAUGGAUGGGUCGAGGGGGAAACAAGGCUCCAAAAGAAAACAGCUCUGGCCGAGCAUGGCUUCCCAAACAAGUCGGUCCGCUCAUGCGCCUACUUUUUCCACUGACGCUCCCAUCUCAGACCUGGCCAGAUUUAAUACAAGCAAUGUUUGAAGGCAGCCUCUGUGUAAACCUGCGAGAGAUGUGAGGUGACCUCGAAAACUUGGUUUGCGUGGCAUCGAUACAGUUUGCUCUGUCUAAACAGGAGCCGCACCGACACCGUCGGCAAGUGUGAUUUCCCCGUUUCUUGUGGCUACUUGGCGGUGUCCAGAAAAAGGCAGCGCAGAGUUCCUCCCCAUGCCAUCCUUCUCCUCCCGCCCCCCCCCCAAAAAAACUUGGCUGCUGGAGAAGGAGUGUGACUUGCGGACUCCCAAACGCCCAAUCUUCCUUGUCUUUGCAAUGGCGUGCUGUUGCCACCUGCAGGAAGAUAAUGGCUUUAAAAAUAAGUGUGCGCAGCUGAAAUAUACGUCACGUUUUGGCGCAUCACAUCACACCAGCAUAUUGCGUAAUACCUGAUUCUAAGGGCUCACCUAGGCAGCGCUUGUUUUGGGGGUCUGUACACCAUGCAGACUGGUGCAUCAUUUCAGCAUUUCUGGGCUCGGCAGGGCAGGAGCGCAGCCCGCUUCAGCCAAGCUGGCACGGCACUAGCCGACCCCUCAGGGCUGGCGGUGGGAGUAGAGUUCUCUGCACCUCCUCAUUCCUGUUCCUGCCACGCUGGCUUCAUUUGUGGGGAAAGGAAACACCUCUGCGUCUUCUCCCCCUGGGACGCUUCUUCCGUUUUCAGAUGUGUGCCACAGUGCCAGGCAACGGGCAUCUCCACGCUGCGAAUCAUAAAUUUGAUUUGAAACCAGUUUCAUCCUUGUGGCUCCCCUUGGAAGAACCUCCAUAGAAUCAUAGAACUGCAGAGUGGGAAGGGAACCCCAGUGGUCAUCCAGUCCAACCCCCCUUCAAUACAGGGAAUCCCCUACCGGCUCGCCUUGGGAAAUGUAGUUUGGAGAGGGUGCUCAGGAAUCAUUGCGAUGGAGUUCAUCCUGCAGAUUUAAAUGGGCUUGAGGCCAGUUUUAAGUGGAUGUGGCCCCCUUAACCCCCUGACUGAACUUGUGGGGAGACCCUGGGCGUCCUCUGCUGCGUAUCCUCAGCUCCAUCACAGAACUUCAGCUGGCAGGUGGAAGCCAUCAUAGUUUAAGUCAGGUGUGCAGUACCUUUGGCCCUCCCUCCAGAUGUUGCUGAACUUAAAACUCUCAUUAUCCCUGGCCCCUGGCGUUGCUUUCUGCAGCUGAUGGAGGUGGAAGUUCAGCAACAUCUGGCAGGACAACGUUUCCCCACUCCUGGUUUACACCAAUAUGAAACAGGUUGGCAUGUGGGUGGGCCCAAGAAGUGGUCCAGGAAGCCCCUGUCCCGACACACAUGUCCCGUGUGAGUCAAUUGCCUUUCCCCCCAGAGAGCUUCGCAUGGCCCCGUUGUAUUCAGGAAGAGCCAUUUUCUUUCUCCACCUGAUCGAGGUUUAACUUGGUGCCAAACACUUGCUGCGACUUUCUUUUCCAAUCAGCGGAGGGGAGAGAUCUAUGUAAAUGCCCUAUUUUGAAGGCAUGGGUCGUUUUUAAUUUUCCUCCUCCUUAAAACAAAAGGUGCCAAAAUAUCGUUUUCGUUUCUGUGUUUCUAGCGGAACGCGUGAUGCUAAGGGACGGUGUGGGUGUGUUGUUUUGAUCGUAGCAAAGAAGGAACGCAGUCCUGGAGGGGGGAAGGUUUUCAGAAAGUGGUUUAUAUCAAGGCACUUGGGAAGAGGAGCCACAAACUGCUGGGCUCCUCUCCCUCGCGGCCUGCACUGCUGGGAAUGAGGUUUGCAUCUUCGCCGCUGCAGGGUACGAGUUUCUCUGGAGGCCGGCCUGACCAAUUUGGCUCAGGUUAUCAAUUGCGAGGGGCGAGGGAGGAGAAGGGGGGCAUCAGAGAGUGGGGGGAGCAGAUUGGACACCGAAGGGGGACAGAAUGACUGUUCUGAGUGUGGAGAGGGUUUUUUUGGGGGGGGGGUCUACAAAACUUGAGUGGCGUUGCUUGUGCAUGGAAACUGGGGGGAUGGAUAGAAAAGGAAGAAGUUCCUGAAAAGUAUUUAGAAAUAUUGGGGGGGGGGCGACCCUUUUAUUUAUUCAUUUGCUGAAUAUAAGAAAACAGAGGUUAUCUGAUUAUUAAGAUAUAUUAUUUUGGAUAAAUAUAUGAAUUAUAACUCGCUAUGGCUGGUAACCAUGAUAGAAAUUCUGAGAAUAACCAUAUGCUUUCUUUCUUUCUUUCUUUCUUUCUUUCUUUCUUUCUUUCUUUCUUUCUUUCUUUCUUUCUUUCUUUCUUUCGCUUGGAAUAAGAGAGCUUCUUUUCCAUUGGCAGUGUGUUGAGACAUUGUCUUAGGUUUUGUGUGUUUGCGUGUGUGCGUGUUUGUGUGUUUCUUGUUUAAUCAAAAGAGGCUUUAUAUACGUUUCAAGAAGCCCCCACACACCCCGUUCCCUCUUAGUUCCUGUAUUGACUGCAGGUAAAAGGGGGUGGGGUGGGGUGGGGACACCCCAUAAGUAUCUAAACUAAAAAUUAAAUCUAUUUAUAAAAAAAUGUGGGGAAGCUGCAUGCAAAAGGCCAUGGAAGUGAGAUGUUUAGUAUUUUAAAACAAAAUAAAAAAGUGGCAGUGCCUUUCAUUUUUCUAUUUACCCAUUUAUCACCAAAUGCAACCGUUUUAUAAUAAGCAAUUAUAGGAUAGCUUCAGAAAUUGCGAAAUAUUUCACUAUGUAGAAAUGUGUGGAGUUCUGUUAUUAUUAUUAUUACUAUUAUUGUUGUUGUUAUUAUUAUUUUGUCCUCCCCCUUCUCCUUGCUCACAUUACAAGAGUGUAUUAAGUUGGUUAUGUCGGCCGCCUCUCCCAGAGAGAACUUGUUACUAUGCGAUUGUAUCACCUAUGAAAUUUAUAUUGCUGCUUUUCCUUUUAGCGGUUUGCGAGUUAAUUGUUGGACGGGGGAAUGCAAACGAGAUUUCACGUAUCCAGGUUGCGGCUGCGGGGGCUUCUGGGAAGGGGGCUUCUGGCUUCCCCCCCCCACCUGCGGCAGAAUUCAUUUGGGGGCAGUAGCUGGCGGGGUUGGAACCAAGAAGAACGAAGCAACGGGGGCGGUUUUUUUGGGGGGGGGGAGCACCGUCGCUUUUACUUCCUGCACUGUGAUACCGUCUGUACUGCAACGCGAACCAACCCUACUAUACCUCCAAGUGCCCUUGGCUGUGUUCUGCCCUGCAGAAACAAACUGUGUAGGCCGCGGGGUGACGCAGUUCUCUCCGCCGUUUCGUAGGCCCAUCAGCUGGAAGGGAAACGGCCCGGCUGCGAGGGGACGCAAGGCUGCAGCGGUUCGAGGCGCCUCUGUGACCUUGCACGACAAGGUCCCCGUUUGUUGUUCCCGGGAGACUUGCGAAAGGGAAGUCCCCAGCAGACCUUGAGCUGUGUUCCUUAGCCAAGGAACUUGCUCGGGCACCAAAGAAGGUGGCCUUUGCUGCGUGAAGAACAAGCCCACCAGAAGCCUACCUGGAUUUGGGGCCUGGAUUCAGGGACGUUUGGGACAGUGCUCUGUGCCUGGCAAAACAGGGCCCAGAAAUACAUCUCCCCAAUCCCCCCUGCCCCAUGGCAAGCUUGCCUGUUGAAGAAAAGCCUUGCAAUCGCCCAUAACUCCCCCUGGGUGUCCGAAAUGACCACCUGCACAGCUGCUGUCAAGCAGUUUGCUUUUUCCGCAGUGAGAGACACACACACACACACACGCCGCAGCCUCCUUAGACUCCCCAAAUUCUGGGCCAUGGCAGUGCCUUUCUCUCUCUCUCUCUCUCUCUCUCUCUCACCCCCUUUAUUUUUCCCAGGUGGGGCCAAGGACGAAUGACGCUGAGGAAACCAAGCCUUUCUUUUGAGGUGUCAUUCGAUGCUCCCUUUUUGUGCAGCUUCCUCGGACGCAACCUGGGCGUCUUCCCCUUGCUAUCCUGAGAUCACGGAGGGAAGAGGGGGUUUCACAGCCCUGCUCCCCAAACCAACAUUUAUGAAGCUAGAUGUAGAGGCCUGCAGGCAGUUCAGAUUGCUGCAGAAUUAGCACUCUGCAUAUGGCACCAGGCUCCCAUGUUUAAAGUCAGCACUUGGCUAUUUCCUCUCAUCAGCAUCCUCUCUCUCUCUCUCUCUCUCUCUCUCUCUCUCUCUCUCUCUCUCUCUCUCUCUCUCUCUCUCUCUCUCUCUCUGGAUUUCUCAGGGCGGAUCUAGAUCAGGCAUCCCCAAACUGCGGCCCUCCAGAUGUUUUGGCCUUCAAUUCCCAUGAUCCCUAGCUAUAACAGGACCGGUGGUCGAGGAAGAUGGGAAUUGUAGCCCAAAACAUCUGGAGGGCCGAAGUUUGGGGAUGCCUGAUCUAGAUGCUACCCUUUCCCUCCUCUUUCUGCACCAAAGGCAGACAGUGUGUGGCAUGUGGUAUUUCCCCCAGAUCAGUCUUUGCCAACCUAGCCCUUCCCACUUGCUUUUGGACUCCAGUUUCCACCAGCGCCGGCUGGCGCAGCCGCCCAGAACGCAGCAGGCUGGCAAAGACUGGCUGAGACCUUCGCGGGAAGAGGAGGGCGAAGAUACUCCCAGAACAGUUGCAACCCCAUGUCCCAAUAUAAGAUCUGCUGAAGCCUGUCCGCAGAGCCCUUUUGUCCUCCCCCUUUUUGCCCUCCCCGCCCCAAACUCCCCGGUCUUUGAGGUUUUUUUUUCUGGAUGUGCCUGAUUUGAAGUAGGAAGGAAAGAGUAGACCUUGUAGACAGUAUAAUUUGCACACAGCUACGAUAACACUAAAGUUGAUUUUAUACAAAUCAUCAGAGUUUGCAAAGUGAGUUUUAUUUUUUGUAUUCCUUUAAUCUUUACUUAAAAAAAUAAAUGAAUAAAUGGUGAAUGUGUAUUCCUCUGGGAGGAAUUGCAAGAAAACGGGAAUGUUAAUAAAUGUUGAAGAAGAAGAAAAAGCAAAAUACUUCCUCCCUUAUUAAUAUAUAACUCUUAUGUAUUUAUGCCUCCUGUAAGCAAAUGAAAACGAAAACGAAAAAAGCUUGGAUUUCUGUUCUGCUGCAUGCCUGCUCUUGGCACUGAAACACACCUUCUGUUGUUCAUGCAUGUAUUUUAGUCUUGACCUCUUCUUUUCUUUUUCUUUGGUGGGGGGGAAGGAUGUAUUUCCCCUGUAUAAAAUUAGUGCACAAAGAAAUAUUUUUGCCUAGUUAAUGUUGCCAAGCAAUGCAUAUUUUUUAAGAAAGGAAAUUUGUCAUAUAUGGAAAUAGCAUGUUUGUUUACAUGUUUCAGCUUCCUAAUUAUACAGAAGAAGAAGAAAAAGAAGAAGGGGUAGGGGGGGAACAAAACACACUAUAAACGUUUGGGGAUGCUGUAAUUUCUUUGCAAGUGUACAGUUUUCAAUUCGUUGUUAUUACUGGUGAAACACCCUCGUGGUUUCAACUUGCUACGAUAUAUAUUUAUUAUUCGUCCUCCUCCCAUGUAACUAGGAACCAUGCCUAUGUUUCAUAUCAACGUUAUAUUGGAAGUGAAGGGAGAUGAUUAAUACAAGAUUUUGUAACACU